AUGUGCAAUACCUGCCCAACCAACAUCCUAGCGCCUCCCAGCUGUCUGCUAAACUACCGUCCUACCGCAGCUCAACCACUGCCCAACCGCCACCCAUCCACUGCCCAACUGCCUGCUCAUUCACCGCCCACCCACCGCCCAACCACCAUCCUACUGCAGCCCAACUGCCUGCUCAUCCACUGCACAGCUGGCCAACCGCCUCCCAACGGCUGCCCAACUGCCUGCUCAUCAACUGCCCAACCACAGCCCAACCCCCAUCCAACCGAACCUCAACUGCUCGCUCUUCCACUGCCCAGCUGCAGCCCAACUGCCUGCCAAGGGCUGCCCAAUGGUUGCCCAACCGCCACCCAACUGCCACUCAACCCACGCCCCACUGCCACUCAACCACCGACCAAUCACCACUCAACCCAUGUCCAACUGCUGCCCAACUGCCACUCAACCCAUGCCGAACCAAAGCAGUUGCGCCUAGCCAAUGCCCAAUUGCAGAAUAUCCAAAGGAGAACCGCUGCCCAAACGCCACCUCCAACUACACCCAAUACCUGCCCAACCAACAUCCAACCCUCGCCCAGCCAUGUGCUAAUCCACUGCCCAACCGCAGCCCAACCACUGCCCAACUGCCACCCACCACUGCCUAACUACUUCCUCAUCCACAGCCUACCUGCAGCCCAACCACCAUCCAACCUAAGCUCUGCCGCCUGCUCAUCCACUGCCCAGCUGCCCAACCGCCUCCCAAUGGCUGCCCAAUCGCCACCCAACCGCCACUUAACCACGCCCAACCGCUGCCCAACUGCCACUCAAGCCACGCCCAAUGCCCACCUGCUGCUUAACCAUUGCGCCUAG